GUGAUGACAUGAAAACUUAACCUAAGCAGUUCGUAUAUAUUCAAAGUUCAAAGUCUUUACUACAUCUAAAGACUUGUUAUCACAUUCACUUUUAGUUUAAACAAGGUUCUAGGAUAGAGUAGUACAUUAUGAACAUUUUAUCGAAAUCAACAGGUAUCAUUAAGGUUAUUGGUAGACAUUUGAGAAGUUCUGUUACAAUGUCUUCACUGGCUUUCAAAAGUUUAUCUGUAGAUGUACCCAAAGAAUUUGUUUAUCAUGUCAAGUUUAAUAGACCUGAGAAAAGGAAUGCUAUUAACCAUACAAUGUGGUUAGAAAUAAAAGAUUGUUUUGAUAAACUGAGUGAUGACGAAAAUUGCAGAGCAGUAGUUUUAUCUGGAGAGGGAAUGGUAUUUACUGCAGGUAUUGAUUUAUCUGAUUUUCUUACAACGGGAGCUGGUAUAGCUAAACAUGAAGAUAUUGCCCGUAAAGCAAAAAUAUUAUAUAAAAUUAUCCAAACAUAUCAGGAAAGUUUAUCAUCGCUUGAGCUUUGCAAAAAACCAGUAUUAGCUGCAGUACAUUCUGCUUGCAUUGGUGCAGGAGUUGAUGCAAUAUCAGCCGCUGAUAUGAGAUAUUGCACCAAGGAUUCAUUUUUCCAAGUCAAAGAGGUUGAAGUAGGUUUAGCUGCAGACGUUGGAACUCUACAAAGAUUACCCAAAAUCCUUGGUUCUGAUAGUUUAGUUCGAGAAUUGUGCUACACUGGUAGAAAGAUGGAUGCAGAUGAAGCGUUUGCUCGAGGAUUGGUUUCUAAAGUUUAUAAUAAUAAAGAGGAGCUUAUUAAUGGUGUACUAGGCAUAGCUGAAGAAAUAGCAAGCAGAAGUCCAGUUGCCAUUCAAACUACAAAAGCUAGUUUGGUGUAUUCCAGAGACCAUUCAGUACAAGAGGGACUUGAUCACAUUAAACAUCUCAAUCAAUUGUAUCUCCAGAGUGAAGAUCUUCUCAAAGCAGCAACUGCACAGAUGACAAAGGAAAAACCUAUUUUUGCGAAACUGUGAAAAUUAUAAUUUACAUUCUUUGUACUGAAAUAAUUAUUAUAUAUACUAUACUAAUACAAGAUAGGCUCAAAAUUAUAUAAAUUAAUUUCAAGAGCUGAUACUACAAGGGUAUUUAAUUUAAUACACUUUCUUCUAAAAGUGUAUACGGAGGUUCAUUCCUUUAAUGGGGUAAAUUUGAGUUUUUAAUGCCAUCCUUUACGCUAUCUCAUAUAAAUACAUAAUGGUUUUUGAAGGUACAUACAUGGUGGUUGUAACCUCUCACUUUUUUUCAUUUUAAUUGCUUACAGUAAACUAUUUGUACACUUCACCAACUCUCUGAAACUAUCUUCUAUUCAUAUGGGAUAGGCUAAAAAAAUUAAUUGUCCACUCAUAAAAUAUAAAAUCUUUAGUAUUUAAAUCAUAAGGAUCUGGAUACACCCCUCUAGUCCUUAUAUUACCAGAGAUGUUCGAAAUACCCUCCACAAAGUACCUGGAAGUUAUUUUUAAAUUAACCCAUUAACGCCUAAGAGGACCAUAUGGACCCAUUAAAGGUGGGAGCAUCAAAUGGUAGGAUCUGUACUUCUCUUACAGUGAUACUAAACUCGUUCAGUUAGUUGCUCAAAAAAAUACAUAGAGAGUGCGUUUCUAGUGGAUAUGCGAGAUUUUAGUUGUUUAAAUGAUUUGUAUAUGAUUUAGUGUAACUCAUUUACUGUGAAAAAAUGGAUUUCAAGCUUGUGUAAUUAAUUCUGUGUUCUUCACAACAAAACCGAUUACUUGUACUUGAUAAAACAGUAUUCCUUUUACUGUCAUAGAAUCACAUAAUUUUUUCCGUAAUUUUUCUCUCUUAAUGAUACUUGAAAAUACUUCAUUUGGUGCUGUAAUAGUGGUGUUGCUACAAUAUAAUAUUUAAAACGAACCUUUGUUGAUCCAGAUUUCGACAUCCUGUCUAAAAACACGACGCGAUAGAAUGAUAAAACAAAACAACGUGGUGUGGGCGAAACUCGUUCGGCGCUGGUGACGUAAGCAAGCGAUUGGGGCGUUGCAAAAAGAAAUGAGGACGGAAUAAUGAAAUUCCAAUUUAAAAAUAUUUAUGAGUGCUAUUUAUGUUACGUUGUGCUAAAUUAAAAUCGUGCUUAGACCCAUUGUAAAUUAACUUACCAUCAAUUGAUUAAUAUAGUACUCGUAUGGUACUGUUUUCGUUUGUGGAUCGAUCGCAAUCUCAAGCAUUUCUUCAAGCUCUUCUUGAGAAAACGGUUCGCCAAAUUGAGUCAUGUAUGUUGAAAUUUCUUCUUUUGUUAAGUAACCCACACCUUUGCUGUCUAAAGUACGAAAAGCAUCCAAAAGGUCUUCAGGAGAUGCUGGUUCGUAUCUACACAAAAAUAUAUAUAUCGAAAAUAUUAAAUAAAAAGCAGAAAGAUACGAUAUGAAGUGAUUUUUAAACUGGGGUCUUAUGUUCGAGUGGAUCUAACCUCAAUUCUUUAUUUGUAUAUUUUAAUUGUGAUAUUGGAAACUUCUGCGUAGAUGCCAACGCCUCGAUGAAUAAAUUAAACUUUAAUAAUAAUCUAAAACAGGAUUAAAAUUAUCUUUAAAUGUAGAAGUAUGUAAAGUAAGAUUUCCGGGAUCACAGAAAAAUAGUGCCCAUGACUGUACUAUAAUGUUUUGACGUACUUUUCAAGCUGCCCUAUAAACGCUGAUUUUCGUGACCUCAGGAUGGGGUGUGGAAAAUCAUGUUUUAUGGUGAGGGUGCAAGAAUUAUACUUCUGAAGACUGUAGAAUUCGGCCUAAAAUAAAGUGCUUUGAUGAUUUAGAAUAUUUUUUGCGUCGAGAUUGGGGCUACAGGGUAGAAGGACAAGGGUCGAAGCUUUGACGUGCAAAUGGAGUACUUCUGGCGUGAUGUAGAGUCCCGUCAAAUGUCACCAGUUAGAUCCUAAAACUUAUCGCCUCGCCGAGGUAUUAAUUCCAUAAUUUUUUGGGAUACCGUGCCAAGUCACAUAUGACUUCUUUCGGGAACUACGAGUUCUCGAGGCGACGAGUUUUUGGAAUGAGACUGGUGGCAUUCUGGCAGCGCUCCACAUCACACCAGAAGUGUUGAUUUAGUACGUCAUUCUAUAGUCUAUUUCAGAAAGGUGUAGUGUAAUAAAAUGGGGAAUUCCGUCCAGUUCGGCUCAAUUCUUUGCAAUAAAACAAAAGAAAAAAAAAACAUUCUAAUUCCAAAGUAUCUUUAUAAAUAAUCAUGGUAGUCAGAAUUGUCUGAACCAGAAGGUUAGAAGGUAAGGUAGGCCUUAUUUGUAUCAAGUACCUUAUAUUAGAUUAACAAGAAAUAUCAAAGAACGAUUAUUGAGAGGAAAGAAGUCUUCUUAGCGUCACCAAUAGGCGAAUGAACAUGAACAUUAAUUUUUACUUCUUAGUUUAUACUGAUGCACAAUCUGGUUAACUAAACAUCGAAGGUUCAUGUCUGUAAUAAUAUACUUACCGAUGUUCGGUGAUCAAUUGAGAAACAUACGUUAGAAAUUUUUGUAAGUGUACACUGCCGGGAAAUUGAGGAUCUUCUAAACCUACAAUAAUUUCUUGAACUUCUGCUUCUGACGGGCAGCAACCUAAACCUCUUAUAACGGUUGAUACUUCUCGCACAUCGAUCAUUUUGCUUUGUGAGUGAUCGAAUACUUCAAAAGCAUCGGCUAUUUUCCUUUCUAAAUCAUUAUUUAUUGGUACUGAAAUAAAUAAAAAAGUAUUUCUUUCUUAUUUGAUUAAUACGACAAGCUCAACAGUUAGAGAAUGUUUUUAUUGUAAUUAUGUAGUAUUCGUUAAAACGCAAUUGAAUAAUUAUAAAUUGUAGUCCUACUUGGAACUUAGAAAAACUGAAUAUUAAAUUAUAAAACGUAAACAGACGAGUAAAAUGUACCUGCCUGUAAGGGAGUUUGGUUUAAACAGGGUACCAGACGUGAACUGAGCCGUUUUUGUGCCCCAUUCGUCUAUUAGUAAUAGUCUUUCAUCUGACGCAAGUAAUCUUGUCGCCAUCGAACUAUCUUUGACGAUUCGGUUAUUUCCAUCCGUUUAUUCAGUUUUUUAUGUUUAAAACCACAUGCUGACACAAAACUUAAGUUUUGUUAACUCUAGUUAAUUCAGCAAUUCUUAUUAUUAUUGCAUUAUCAGAUUGCUGAUUAUUUUCCUUUUUUAAACAUUCGAAUAUAUUCGAAUCCAUACCUGUCUUUAUUUUCACUGCACGAUGCAAUUUCAUUGUCUUCAUUCGCCCAUGGUCUAAAGAACGCCAUAUUUCUAUUUAUUUAGAGAAAUUUAUAAAUUAAAUAAAUCUCACUAAACGACGCCACUGCUUAUCGCAGAUUAUUUAGCAGGAAUAUUUCAAAGAAAUUGUGUAUAUACGCCUUCCGGCAGCUUUGGACAAUAGAAAUGCAUUUAUGUUUACGAUUCGUUUUUUUCAUUGGUAAACAGUGGAGAUAAUGAGUCCACAUGGACUGACAGUUUGUUAGAUGAUUACCGAAUUUUAUACGGGGUUCAUUUCUUAAUUUGAUAUGUGUGUCGUGCGUAUUUUUGAAAUAUUGAUUGUUCCUCCCACAACUGUCUUCUGCAAUUGAUAUUGGAAGAUUUAUACGAUAAAUAACAGUUUAAAAAUCUUUCAAAAUGGCGUUGGUGUAAACAAAGGAUAUAGUAUGAUUGUAGCUAUUGUAGAUGAAUUGAAAUAUGCAAAGUUGAAAAAUCUAAUAUAAAAUUUUUCACUCAAGCCGUUCAUUUGCUAAUCUUUACCCUCUAUAAUGUUAUUUGUAAUUUUGAUUACCAUGAAAAUAACUGGAUGACACAAUUUUUGAAUUUUUCUUUCACUUACCUUCAAUUUCAUUGCUUUGCAUCAUAAUCGGUUAAAUAUGUGAUCGGUUAUCGGAUAUUAUCAAAAUUUAAUGGACAACGUUUCAUAAUAUCGAUUUAACGAGAAAACGUAUCGAAAUAUUCACCAUAGCGACUACAUUUCUAAUUGAAAUUCCAGAUCUCUUUUAAAAAUGCUCGUUUUUAAAACUCGUUUAUUGAACUAGUUUAUUUUAAUUUUAAAAAAUAAAUUUUUGCUUAUCAAGUAGGGGAGACCGGGUACAAAAGUAUAGUCUUUACAUCAUUAGGACUAAAGUACCAGACCAAAAGGGUAAAGAAAACAAUAUGUCAUAUUAAAUCAGCAAAGUAUUUAUUUGGACUCACAAUUACGACAGAUAUAACUUGAAUCUUCUUGAACACUGUACAUACUCGGCAUGUGAUCUUAAUUUACAUGAAAGGCAUUGGAGCCACUGUUCAUUUGACCGGCUACUGCUAAAAGUUUCUAAACAAACGAGGCAGAAGCAAUCUUCGUCUGAUUCGUUUUACUUGUCAUCACCUGCCUUCUUAGUUUUUUUCAUUCCCUUCUUGCCAUUUUCAAGUAUCAGUUGGAAAAACAGUUCUCGUAGCUUUAUUUCUUCCUUGGUAUUCUUCCUAAAUUGCAUUUGCGUGUCGGUGGAAAUGGCUGAGAAAACAUUGCUUGCUGUAGCCCGCUAGGUUUAGACGAAUGGGAUCUUUGAUUAGAUGAUAAUAUAUAUGACAAAUCAAUGCUAACUGUAUGCUUGAUAGUUUGGUCACUCGAAGAUUAUCGACUGGAGUAUCCGGAUCAACGAAUAUUUCAUCAAAAUUAGUCAACACGUCAUUAUAUCAAAUGCCACUGUUUAUUUGUAAAGGCUGAUCAGUAACAGACGAUGGUGCAUACUCAACAGCAGUAAAUAUAUUCCUAUUAAAUUUAUACCUGUACAGGUGAACCCGGCAAUUGCAUUUCGAUCGAUUACUGAAGGAGGAAAUGAUUCUCUAAGUGGUACGUAAAACAAUAACCGUGGAUAAAUGUCUUUAUUAACCAAAUACAAAAUUACAAUUUGUUAUAAUGUAAAGGAAGAAAACUAUAACAAUAUAUUGUAAUAUUUUUUUUAAUAAUAUAGAACGCGUGUCUUGAAGAACAAUAUAAUUCUGAUAUAUCCAAAAUCAAAUAUAGUAUAAAACUAAUACGAUUGGGUUCAAAGUUAAUAGACUCACCAAACUAAAUAACCAAAAUAUUGUUGAUCAUAAUCAGUAGGUGAAUAAUUCAAUGAGUAUUUCUUGGUAAAAAUUUUAUAACUAACCAACAAGGCAACUUGUUACAUUGUACGAGGGCUGAUCUUUUUGCUUCUGACGAUUUUAUAAUUCAAAACAAUUAUUUUUCAUACUGUCUCAUCGAAACUUAUCAUACAGAGUCUCACGCUAAAAACUCACUCUGAAUCUGUUAUGCUCGUAAGUUCAUACAGUAGAUGCCCAAAUUCGAUACAGUUAGUAUCAAAAUGGUUUGUGUCUAGCAACGUACAGUGAUUAGCGCUUAGAAAGCUGACACCAUCGUAAAUCAGCUGUUUUGGUGGUUAUUUCGAAAAAUCUGAGGUACAAGUAUGAUAAGUGUUAGUUGGUAAAAUGUUAGCAACAAACUUUAUGUAAGUAUGUUAUAUGUCAGUUGUCGCUGAAAAUGAUAUGUAAUGUAGCAAAAAUAUUUUUCUUUAUAUAUUAAUAAAAUAUUUAAACUUCAAGAACGUAAUCAUUAUUUCAAUGCAAGAAGGCUCUUCCAAGUAAUAAUCAAACAGGUUAUGGGCCCAGGUAAUACUGGAAACUAUUAAGUAGUAGACGCCGGCCAAUCAAAAAGCGAGGGAAAUGUUCAUCAAAUCGAGAUGAAUAUUUCAACGGUACCACAGUUGAACUCAGAUAAUUUCAACAAUUGGAAAUUUAGAGUAAGAGCUUGCAGAACAACAAUUAGAAGAUACACUUGAAAAAACAAUAGCCGAUUUCACUUCAGAUAAAGAAAUAUCAGAAUUCAAAAUCAACAUCUAGACAUAAUAAAAGAUGCGAAAACGGCUAAGGAAAUGCUAAGUUCACUAGAAGAUGUAUUCAAAAGUGUCUUCACAAAACUUACCCUAAAAAAGAGACUACUUAACUUGAAGCAUAGAAGAAAUGAUAAAUUAGAGGAACAUUUCCAUGUGUUUGAUACUAUAAUACAGGAGUUAGAAGGAAUAGGAUCAAAAAUAGAUGAUGAAGACAAAGUAUGUCAUAUUUUGUUAACAUUGAAUGAAGAUACCAGGCAGUGAUAACCGCGAUUGAAACUAUGAAUACCAGUGUAACAAUGGACUUUGUGAAAUCUCGUUUGCUUGAUGAAGAAUUAAAAAUAAAAUCAAAACAAGGACAGAAUAGUGGUCAAACUGAUGCAUCCUUUAAUACAUUUCAAUAUGUGUGUUACAAAUGUGGAACACCCGGACAUAAGUUAGCAGAAUGUCAUCAGUCAUUGUUAAAAAUAAUACUUUUCUGGUUUGUGUUUAAUAAUAUAGGUAUUAGUUUUUUUACUUUCUGGCCUACUGUUAAGAUAUAUGAAAAUAAAAAAAAAAAAAAAAGAAGAAGUCAGUUAGUGAGAAUCAUAGAGAAUUAUCGAGAAUUAUUCAUUAUUAAGGUUAAGAUGAUAUAUUAAUAAUAUUUGUAUUGUACAUGGAGUUGAUAAAUAAAAAAGUGUAUAAGAAGAAAGAGUAUAAGUUAAUUAUUUAAAAAAAACAACAGGUUAUGGGCCCAGGUGAUUCUGUGGAUAAUUAAAAUAUAAAGAAAAUGGCUAAUUCACAAAUAAAAAAUAUUUAUAACAUAGAACUAUUGAAUGGUGAAAAUUAUUACUCAUGGAAAUUUAGAGUGAAAAUAUUACUAGAAGAAAAAGAUGUGGCAGAAUGGAUAGAAAAAGAAUUUGUGGAAUCAGAUUAUACAGUGGAAAAAGAAAAAAAGGAAGCUAUGAAAAAAGAUAAGUUAUGUAAGUCAUUGAUAAUACAAUGUUUGGAUGAUAAGCAAUUAGAAUUUGUAACGGAGAAAAAUACAGCCUAUGGUAUGUGGCAAGCUUUAGGAGAUAUUUAUGAAAAAAAAAGGAUUACCCGGGCAAAUGAUGCUAAGAAGAAUGUUAAUGUCAUUAAAAUUAAAAGAGAAUGAAGAUUUGGAAGGUUAUUUGACAGAAUUUGAUGAUCUUGUUAGGAAGAUAAGAGCUACAGGAGCUGUUAUGAGUGAUGAGGACAUUGUAUGUAUGUUAAUGAUGGGGAUGCCUCCAAGUUUUGAAACAGUUAUAACAAUAUUAGAGAAUAUGGAUCCUAAAGUGUUAACAAUAGAUUUCGUCAAAAGAAAA